AUGAUUGUGAAAGUAAAGUUGUCGGUCCUUGCCUUUGCCGCAACUCUCUUAUCCACAAACUCAUUGGUUUCGGCACUUUCUGCGAAUGAUAUUCCCUCUGAUACUCCCAUUUCUUCUUUAUUGGCAUCUGCCAACGCGCAUCUAGCAAAGGGCGAAACGAAUGAUGCCUUAACUUAUUACGACAUUGCUAUCGCCCGCGAUCCAUCGAACUAUCUCAGUCAUUUUCGUCGCGGAGCUGCCUACCUUUCCCUUGGUCGAAUGGCUCAGGCUGCCCAAGACUUCGAUAAAGUAUUAACAAUCAAACCAGGCCAUGAACCGGCAUUAUCACAAAGGGCGAAGAUCAGAGCAAAGAACGGAGAUUGGGAAAACGCCAAACAAGAUUACCUCUCCCUCGGCGCAUCUCAUGGAGCAGAAGAAGAACUCGCGAAUCUAGUAGAGGCCCAAGGCGCAGCUAGUUUGGCAGUGGAUGCAGAGAAAAAUCAGAAUUGGGAAGAAUGUGUAACACAAGCCGGAGCUGCAAUAAUGGUUGCCUCCAAGGUAGUAUCACUUCGCAAAACUAGAGCUCAUUGUCGAUUCGAACGCGGUGAAGUUCAAGAAGGAAUGAGUGAUCUCAAACACGUUCUUCAAAUGCAACCAGGACUUACGGAUCCCCAUCUCCGGAUUUCUACAAUCAACUUUUACAGCUUGGGGGAAAUGGAGCAGGGUAUGGACCAAUUGAGGAAGUGCUUGCAUUCAGAUCCAGAUUCGAAGAGUUGUAAAAAACUAUACAGAAGAGAGAAGACUAUCGAUAAAGCCUUAGCCCAGGUUCGGAAAUAUUUUGAAAAGCAUCAAUUUGCGAGCGGAGUGAAACUUCUUGUUCCAUCCGGGGACGAAGUUGGGUUGGCUCAAGAGAUAAAGGAUGAUGUCAAGGAACACCGAGAGGCUGGCUUAAUCCCUGAGCAUGCGCCAAAUCACCUGCUCACUCAAGUUGUCGAAAUGGUUUGCCAGGCUUAUCACGAGACCAAAAAUACUAAGAAGGCCACUGCUUACUGUGACGAAGCUCUUUCACUCAACGAAAACUCCCUUUAUGGACUCCUUCAUAAAGCCCAGAAACAUAUGGAAGCAGAGAACUACGAAGCUGCUAUAUCCACCCUCAACACUGCAAAGGAAAACCAUCCUGAAGCGCAGCAGAUUGGAGGACUCUUACAAAAAGCCCAAGUAGAAUUAAAGCGAAGCAAGACAAAAGAUUACUACAAAGUUCUAGGGGUUCCUAAGGAUGCGGACGAGCUUCAGAUCAAAUCCGCAUACAGAAAAUCAGUCAGAAUAAAUCAUCCAGAUAAGGCCCAUAAACAAGGAAUUAGUAAGGAAGAGGCUGAAAAGAAGAUGGCAGCGAUUAAUGAAGCAUACGAAGUACUGAGUGAUCCUGAAUUGAAGGCUCGCUUCGACCAAGGAGAUGAUCCAAAUGACCACGAGCAACAAAGAGGACAUCCAUUCCAACAGGGUAGCCCAUUUGGUGGCGGUGGAUUCCCUUUCCAACAUGGCGGUGGACAUCAUGGUGGUGGGCAACAAUUUAAUUUCAAGUUCGGGCAAGGGGGAUUCAAUUUCGGUUGA